AUUAGUUACUUCCGGUGCAAUGGCGUCCUUGGAUGUAAACAAAUACGUAAAAUUCGUAACAUAGUUAAAAAUACAUUAUCCUUUGCAUUCACGAUUUUAAACUGAAUUGACAGAGAUACUCGAGAUUAAGAUGAGUUCUCCGCUUUCUAGUCUGAAAAAGUCGCAGAAAAAUCCGCUCCUUUUAGGGAGACACGAUGAAUUAACCCGCCCAGCUCCCACAGAAAGUUCCAGAAGCAUGCCUUUCAGGAGUCCUGCUUACUCUGAAGAUGAGAGCCGUCUGCUGGAGGAGAUAACACACAAUAUGGCUACAAGUCGUCUGAAAGCUGCCCAUGCCAGAACUGAUCCAUUCCAGGGGGGACUACCCAAGCUAGACACUACCCGAUCACAUGUCACCCACAGUACGCCUGUCCCCAGGGUCAAUAACGCACCCCUAGAGAGAAUGAAAUCCUCGUCUUCGUUUGUAGACGAUCCCCUCCCAGAUAAUGCUACUUUUUUGACAGCACCCCCUAGUGAUCAGGAGUUGAUGACGUCCAUGAUGACACGUAUCACCAUUCUGGAACAAAAGGUCCAGUCUCAAACCAAGGAACUCACAGAAAAGGUAGGACAGCAUUAUCUCACCAAGGAACUCACAGAAAAGGACAAGAAAAUAAAGAUUUUGGAGGACAAAGUGAAAAUCAUGAAGAAAGCUCAAGGUGACCUAUCCCCCCGAGAGUCCAGAGAGCUGGAGAAAAAAUGUCUACUACUUCAACAACAGGUCCACGAAAUGGAGGCAUUUUUGGCGGACUAUGGAAUGGUGUGGGUGGGAGAGAAAUCUGACACAAACUCCACCUACUACAACGAUAAAUCUUCAUCAGACAGUGAAAGUGACGAGGAAAUGUGGAGGCCCAAUACAUCGUUAAACCAUAAUUUUACCCCGGCUACCAUCACAUCCACCGCUGUCAAACCAGAAACCGUCCAAUCAAAAUUCACUGUAGAUUACGACAGAGUCAUAGAGAACAUCAAAGACCUGAAUGUUCUGGCCGGAGAGGGCGUGUCCAAGAUUCAACACACCACUGAUGGGGCCCGACUGAGGCUUCCUGAUCCUGUCCCCUUGGUUCUGUAUGCUAACGGAAUCAUGUUGUUUGGCGGACCAUUUCGACCCUUCACUGACCCUCUUACCCAGCAGUGUGCACAGGACAUUCAGGACGGUUACUUCCCCUCUGAACUGCAGACGAAAUUCCCAGACGGAGUUCCUUUUGUGGUGACGGACUACAGAGACACGUAUUUUAAGGACACUAGACAGGAAGUGUUCCGUGGAACUGGCCAGGUUCUGGGAGGAGAAACCAGGCCAUCAAGACUGGUCCCCGAAUCCAAAACAGCGGAGAAAAAUCACGAUGCUGUCCCAAUGAAUACACCAGAACAUACACAAUUUAAGGUUGCCACAGAGCGACCAGGACCAAAAAUGUCAGUGGGUCAGUUUCUUCAAAAGUUGCCAAAGUCUGUAAUCAAAGACGGGAAGGUGAUCGACAUCCGGGACGCUGUGGGGGAAAACUUCAGGGAUGCCAAGACCAGCCAGAGUGUGAUGGUGGUGGAAACCGACACAGUUAAAGACAUGAAAAAGAGAUUGGAUGGCAGUGAGAGCAGCAGGCCGAUCACUCCGAGGAAUAUAACGACACUCCGCGUGAAAUCUGACACAGGAAGUCAAACUUACAUACUGAAAAUGAAAUUCCAGGAGACGAUACGAGACUUACGGAAAUACAUAGAUCUACACAGACCAUCUAAUUCCCAGGCGUACAAUAUUGUGUCGGCAUAUCCAAGUAAGACGUUUGAUAACGAGGAAAUUACGCUGCUGGAUGCGGGACUCACACCUAACGCUGUGUUACAUCUACGCGUGAGGAAGUGAAGAGCGGGAUUUUUUAUUUAUAGAAUCUUAGGCAUUUUCUGCAUGGUUGAGUGUAUGUAAGGUUUGUUUUGGAGGAGAAAAUUGUCGUAGAAGUCAGCGAUAUGUGCAGCAAUGGGACAAAACUCUGUGGCAAUUUAACUCUGUAUUCAGUAGCUGUGUUUUGUUUAUCAUUUGAUCAUGACGUAUUAAGAUCAGCAUGGUGCAUGUAUUUCAAUGUGAAAAAUCACUCUCAAGUUUCAUGUAUGUGCAUAUCACCAGUAAAUCAUCACAAGUAACUACGAUACAAGUCACUCGUAAACCGUCACAAUUAAGUAAUUACGGUACAAGUCACUCGUAAACCGUCACAAUUAAGUAAUUACGGUACAAGUCACUCGUAAACCGUCACAAUUAAGUAAUUACAGUACAAGUCACUCGUAAACAAUCACAAUUAAGUAACUACGAUAGAAGUCACUCGUAAACCAUCACAAUUAAGUAACUACGGUACAAGUCACUCGUAAACCGUCACAAUUAAGUAAUUACGAUACAAGUCACUCGUAAACAAUCACAAUUAAGUAACUACGAUACAAGUCACUCGUAAACCGUCACAAUUAAGUAAUUACAGUACAAGUCACUGGUAAACCGUCACAAUUAAGUAAUUACGAUACAAGUCACUCGUAAACCAUCACAAUUAAGUAACUACGAUACAAUUCACUCGUAGACAAUCACAAUUAAGUAAUUAUGAUACAAUUCACUCGUAGACAAUCACAAUUAAGUAAUUAUGAUACAAUUCACUCGUAGACAAUCACAAUUAAGUAAUUAUGAUACAAUUCACUCGUAGACAAUCACAAUUAAGUAAUUAUGAUACAAUUCACUCGUAGACAAUCACAAUUAAGUAACUACGAUACAAUUCACUCGUAGACAAUCACAAUUAAGUAAUUAUGAUACAAUUCACUCGUAGACAAUCACAAUUAAGUAAUUAUGAUACAAUUCACUCGUAAACCGUCACAAUUAAGUAAUUACAGUACAAGUCACUGGUAAACCGUCACAAUUAAGUAAUUAUGAUACAAGUCAUCAGUAAACGUCACAAAUACAUGUAACUACAAUACACAUCUCUCGUAAAUCGUUGUAAGUACCGGAUAUUGUGAUACAUAUCAGUUUACACACAACACAGAUGUCAGGAUAUUUGUUUACCUGUAUAUUACACACCAACACAGAUGUUAGGAUAUUUGUUUACCUGUAUAGAUAGAGUAUGGUGUACUGUUUACACACCAACACAGAUGUCAGGAUGUUUGUUUACCUGUAAAUAGAGUAUGGUGUACUGUAAAAUGAUCACCCUACACAAGACUUUGUUUUUGUUUUCAUCUGUCAAACUUUUUGAUACAAGUACUGUUGUAUUAGUAUUAUGGUACUAUGGUAUGUGUUAUUAGUAUCUCUGUACUAUGUCAUUAUAUUGUGGUACUAUGAUAUGUGUUAUUAGUAUCUCUGUACUAUGUCAUUAUAUUGUGGUACUAUGAUAUGUGUUAUUAGUAUCUCUGUACUAUGUCAUUAUAUUGUGGUACUAUGAUAUGUGUUAUUAGUACCUCUGUACUAUGUCAUUAUAUUGUGGUACUAUGAUGUAGUACAAAUCCUUGGUACAGUGGUAUGGAUUAAUUAGUAUUACAAGUUCUAUGGUAUAUAUUAUGAUCUGAUGUACAUCAUUGUGCUAUUUUCUGCUGCUGGACUUUCUAAUGAUACAUGUUAUAUGUUGUUUUUUCCUUACAUUAUGUACAAGAAAUAUGAUGCAGUAUUUUCUAUUUAAUAUUUAGGUAUUACUUUUUAAUUUUUUUAUUUGCUGUACGAUGUGAUUUAUGUGUAUGUGAUACAUGUGUGUGUGUGUGUGUGUGUGUGUGUGUGUGUGUGUGUGUGUGUGUGUGUGUGUGUGUGUGUGUGUGUGUGUGUGUGUGUGUGUGUGGGCUUGUGUGUGUGUGUGUGUGUGUGUGUGUGUGUGUGUGUGUGUGUGUGUGUGUGUGUGUGUGUGUGUGUGUGUGUGUGUGGGCUUGUGUGUGUGUGUGGUGUAUGUGUAUUAAGGCUUCUAGUCAGUAUACAUGUGUGUUGGAGAUUGGAAGAAUCUGAUCUGUACUAUGUAGCAUUAUGAUGAUGAGUGUCUGUCUGUCUGUCUGUCUGUCUCUUAAGGAGGAAUAACACACUUUGAAAAUAUUGUUCUGGAUGGAACAUAGAGGAUAUGUACAAUAUUUUGUUAUUGAUUUACUUUGAGAUUAACUUUAUGUAAUAAAGAAAUUUUGUUUUUGUAUAAAGUCACUGGGGAUAGAAUUUAAACCCCAGUGAGACUCGAACUCACAAUCUACAGAUCAGCAGCCUCAAAUGUUAACAAUAUUUACUUUUCUAUUUAUCUUUCAAAAGGUUGUCAGCCAUUGUCACUCUGUGUUAUUCCUCCUUAAAGACUAAUCUUACAAAUAAUAGAUGAUAGAGUAUUGAUUUCUCUGUGAAUGGCAUCAUAAACAGAGUUAAUUUUAAACAUUUUGGAGAUCCCUGUAUAUUCCAUAAUAAAGAUUUUCAGAGAAGG